AUGAGUACGAUACAGAAUAUCAAGAAUUUUAUCCGGCAUGGCAAGCAGGCCCGCCUAGUCACCCCUCACUCCGAACCCACCACCGAUGUCUCCACGAUUCACGCCGAGCCCCAACGUCUCCCACCUGGUCAAUACACACCCGCCCUGGAAGCCUUUGGCCCAGAGGGCCGGGAAAAUGCGAUUCAGAAGCCUGACUCCCAAGUGAGGCACGAUCGUUCCGUCGAGAUCGAACGUCUGGUCCAAGAAGAGAAUGUAACUCGAUCGAAGAUGCCCAAGUAUCCCGGUCUGGAACGCUGGAUCUUGGUGGAGAAGAUGGGCGAUGGCGCUUUCAGUAACGUCUAUCGCGCUAAAGAUUCGACCACUGUAUAUGGCGAGGUUGCGAUCAAGGUUGUGCGCAAAUUUGAAAUGAACAGCAAUCAGCGAGCGAACAUCCUUAAAGAGGUUCAGAUCAUGCGCAAUCUCGACCAUCCUAAUGUCGUCAAGUUGAUCGACUUCUCGGAAUCUAAGCAAUACUACUACAUUGUUCUUGAACUUUGCCCAGGUGGCGAAUUGUUCCAUCAAAUCGUGAGAUUGACAUACUUCAGCGAAGAUCUUAGCCGACAUGUCAUUCGCCAAGUGGCCGACGCGAUUGAGUAUCUCCACGAAACAUCCGGAGUUGUUCACCGUGAUAUCAAACCCGAAAACCUCCUGUUCUACCCUAUUCCCCAUGCUCCUAGCAAGAACCCCAAGCCUCAACAACCAGGCGACGAAGAUAAGGAAGAUGAGGGCGAGUUCAUUCCCGGGCAUGGCUCGGGUGGAAUCGGCAAAAUCAAGCUUGCGGACUUUGGUCUGUCUAAGGUCAUUUGGGAUAGCUCCACGAUGACACCCUGCGGUACUGUCGGAUAUACCGCCCCAGAAAUCGUCAAGGAUGAGCGGUACUCAAAGAGUGUGGACAUGUGGGCCAUGGGCUGCGUACUCUACACUCUUCUUUGUGGAUUCCCUCCAUUCUACGAUGAGAGCAUCCAAGUCUUGACGGAGAAGGUUGCACGCGGACAAUACACAUUCUUGUCACCAUGGUGGGACGACAUCUCCAAGUCAGCUCAGGAUCUGAUCUCCCACCUCCUCACCGUGGAUCCCGAGCAGCGGUACACCAUCAAGGAAUUCCUUGAUCACCCCUGGAUUCGCGGAACCGAUGAAGAGACCACAGCGGCAGCAGACGCUCCUCCUUUGGCGACCCCAUUCGUGGAAAGCCAAAAAGACCGACAACAAUACGACACGGUCAGUGCUGAACAUGGUCCUUACCAGCCCGCCAGCGCUCGCUUCCUUGACCAGCCCUCCGUAACAGCAGACCGACGCAUGGACUUCCGAUCUCCAGGCGCUUUCAACCUGCGCGAGGUAUUCGACGUCGGUUAUGCGGUGCACAGACAAGAGGAAGAGGGCAAACGCCGCACGAACCAGCGCCAGUCCAACCGCAGUGGCACGGCGCAAUUCCAAUCCGCACUUGGUGCGCUUAACGAAACUUACGACGACGAGCCCGAGUACAGCCACACCCUGGGCGGGCAACCACCGGCUAAGGUAGCCAAGGCUCAGGGAUCAGGCGAGAUGGCCGGCAUGGAAGCCAAACUACGAUCCACAAACCUGAGCAACCAGAGCAGCGCUGCCCAGGCACGCCAAGCACCCCACCAGAAGCCCAAGCAGGGAUACGGCAUGCACGAUGCAAAUGUCGCCAGCGCGGCAAAGAGCAGUAUUCGCAAGCCGAAUCAACCGUUUGAACUCAGCUUGAAUGGAUCAACAUUGCUUGAGAAGCGUGGCCGCCGUCAUCAGCCAGUGGCAUAG